GAAUUAGAUCCAAGAGCUGUCCAAGUGCUGCCCCCUGCACAGACAAAGAGAAGCUCCGACUCCGGGGAGGAGGCUCCCAGUGCUCAGGGCGCGUAGAGGUUUGGCACAGCGGCUCCUGGGGCACAGUGUGUGAUGACUUCUGGAGCCUGGCAGAGGCUGAGGUGGUGUGUCAGCAGCUGGGCUGUGGCCACGCCCUGAAAGAAACGUGGGCUGCCCUGCAUUCUGUCCAAUCCCUGUGCUGCAAACCCCUCUUUUUCUCUCCAGGUGAGAGGACAACUUUGCCCCCCGCUACAGCAGGGACCAGGCCACGCUCCAAUCCGAUCCCUGGCAUCUUCUCCCUGCCUGGGAUCCUCUGCCUCAUCCUGGGCGCCCUCCUCUUCCUGGUCCUCGUCAUCCUGGUGACUCAGCUGCUCAGAUGGAGAGCGGAGCGCAGAG